AUGCUCCUUCGCGAUGCUGACCCCUCACCUUCAGGUAACACAUUAAAAGGUGCAAAUAUUGUUAAAUCAAAAAUUGAUAUUAGUAAAAUAAAAGUUUGGAAUUAUGAUGAUAUAAAUCUACCGAAAUUUGAUGAAGCAAAUGCAGUUAUUGCAAAAUGGGCCAUAUUUAAAGAGACAAAUGAAAAUUCAUUUGUUUAUUUUGUUUUGGAAAUUCAAGUGGUACCUGAUAAUUAUCAUCAUCAAGAUGAGUAUCAUAUGCGAUUUCGUUAUGAAAAACAACCAAUUACAACGGAUCAAAAUAAAAACCAAAUAAAAAUAAUACAAUAUAUGUUUACCAAUGAUGUAAAUGAACAACAACAACUUUUUGCCUCGUAUUAUAAUCGUAUUGCAACAAUGCCUCGUAUAACAAAAAUAAAAGAUAUGUUACCAAACAAUAUUGGUUCAAAAUUGCUUAUUCAGUUAUUAUGGCAUCGUAGAAUUGAUACACAGUCCAUAGAUGAUAGUAUAUGUCAAUUGGUUGAAUCAAUAUGGUUAGAAUCAAUUGGAGAUUUAGAAGAAAUGCUUAGUGUUCAACCAGAAACAAUAACAUUAAAGAAGAUUAUUGAAGCAGAAGCUGUUUUGUUAGAACAAAAGCGUCUAUUAGAUACUAACAUUGAUACAGUAUCAUCUGAAAUUAAUACAAAAUUUUAUUCACUCAUUCCACAUAAUUCUAGUUUUAUGUUAGAUUUAAAUAAUCGUCGAAUAUUAACAGAAAAAAUGAAUUUAUGUCAAAUGCUACGUGAUAUGUUAACUGUAAAUGAAAUAACAAACUGGAAUAUAAAAGCAUCCAUAGAAGCAAAAUAUCGUUCAUUAAACUGUUAUAUAAAUACAAUUGAUAAAGAUUCCAUUGAAUUUGGCAGAAUUACUAAUAUGAUAAAGUCAUCAACAAAUCCAAAUGAAGAAGUUAUUGUACACAAUAUCUUUGAAAUUACAAGACAAACUGAAGCAAUUAAUUUUAAAGCAACGUUAAAUAAUCAAUGUCAGCUAUUUCAUGGUUCUAAAUAUAGUAAUUUUCUUGGAAUUUUAUCACGAGGUUUACUAAUGCCAAAAAUCGUAGUUAAGGAAUUCGGUGGAACAAGAAGCGAUAUUGGUCAUCUAGGCUAUGGAUUAUAUUUUUCAGAUUCCAUCAGUACAUCUUUGAAAUAUACAGUCAAAAGUAAUCAAAAUGGUAAACGUUUGUUGUGUAUAUGUAAUGUGGCUCUUGGCGAUAGUGCACAGCAUUAUUCAUAUGCAACCGAUUUGACACAGCCACCUGAAAAUUUCCAUAGUGUACAUGGUGUUCAAAAGACAAUUGAUAACCAUUCUAUGUUUGAAGAUAACGAGUAUGCCAUUUAUAAUCUAGAUCAACAACGUCUACUGUAUUUAGUUGUUGUUUCUUGGAAACCACAUGAUAUAAUCUCAAGUGUUCCAACAAUCUUGCCAAUUAUAAGAGAUCAAAUAAUCGAUCGACAAACAUCAGUUGAAGUUCCAGAAUUAAUCGAAGAUGAAGUUAUUCAAAUUGCUGAACAAGAUUAUGGUUUGAUUUCAGCUGGACAACGUCUCCCGUUAAAAGAAUUUCAUAUAAGAGCACAAUUAGUUGAUGUUACUGCAGAGGUUGUACUAUAUCAGCUGUAUCAUAAUAACAGUUCACGAGCUAUAGAGGCAAAAUACGUAUUCCCGUUAGAUGAACAUUCAACAGUGUGUGGUUUUGAAGCUCAUAUUAACAAUAAGGUUAUUGUUGGAGUUGUUAAAGAAAAAGAACAAGCAAAAAAGGAAUAUCGUGAAGCUAUUGAAAAGGAUUACGGAGCUUAUUUAAUGGAUCAGGAACAACCGGAAGUUUUUAGUGUUUCCGUUGGUAAUUUACCACCAAAUUGUGAAGUUGUUAUUAAAAUAACAUAUGUCGUGGAAUUAGCAAUUGAAAACG